GCAUCUUCUGCUUGGAGAUCCUGUGGGUUAAAAAGGAAACUUUUGUUUCUGCAACCAUGAUCAAACUGUGGACCAUUGCUCUGGUGGUGACCUUUGUCUCACCAUCCUUUGGAAAUCACCAUCAAUUAAAUCCAGUUCACCCGAGCAGUGAGCCCUCUAAAGCUUUCAGAGAAACAAGGUCCAUUUUUUCCUCUGAAUACUACUGUUGGACCCAGUGGUUUGACCGAGACGAUCCUUCUGGAACUGGAGACUGGGAGACUCUUUCAGACCUUCUGAAGCAGUACCCCAAUGAAAUCUGCCCAAAUCCAGUAGACGUUGAAGCCACAACUCUGUCUGGGACUCCUGCAAAACAGACAGGAGAAGUCUUCUAUAAGUAUGACAAAACAUCAGGAUUUGUCUGCAGAAAUGAAGACCAAAAACAAGGGAUGUGCUCUGAUUAUAGAGUUCGGUUCAGCUGCCCCUCUGCUUACUGUUCUGAAAAAGUGUGCUGGACCGAGUGGUUCGAUAGAGACAAUCCCUCUGGAACUGGAGACUGGGAGCUCUUGAGCAACCUGACGACAGAAAACCCAGGGAAGAUCUGUGAAACUCCUCAGUACAUCCAGGCUAAAGCCAAAUCCCUGUUAGCCUCCUUCAUAGGGGAUAACAUCUACAUCUAUAACCCAACCCAGGGCUUUGUUUGCCGCAACGAAGACCAAACGUUCAAGAAGUGCUGGGACUACGAGGUCCGGUUUGGAUGCUGCUAGUGAGCCUUGACUCCAGGCUGAUGAGGAGAGCAUGAAGGAUCCUCUCUGUUCUCUCUGUCCAUCCUUGAAGCCGAUAUCUCUUUUAGGGAUUUUUUUUCCUAUUAUUGAUUCGGUGUGGGUAAAAAGGGUAAAUUUCUUCUGUUUUUUUCCCUCUGUGUGUUAUAAAUCAGAAAAAUAAACGUGAUUGAAGAGCAUAAA